AUGGCCAAUAGAGUUAAAAGAGUUUUGCCUCAGUUCGUCAACAAAGCCCAAGGUGCCUUCGUGGGGGGGAGGAAAAUUGUGGAUAAUAUCCUUUUGAGCCAAGAACUUCUCCACCACUAUGACAAGAAGUCGGCCAAAGGGGCUAGAUGUGCAAUGAAGGUAGACCUUAUGAAAGCUUAUGAUUCUGUAAGACGAGAUUUCGUUAUUAAAGCUCUAGAGCUUCUAAGGUUUCCUUUGAAGUUUAUUGGGUGGGUAGAGAAGUGCAUCAAAACUCCUAAAUACUCUGUAGCUGUUAAUGGGGAAUUAUCCGGAUUCUUUAGCGGAGGGCUUAGGCAGGGAGACCCUAUCUCUCCCUUUCUCUUUCUGAUUGCCAUGGAGAGAGCAUUGGAUUGUUUCAAGUUUUGGGCGGGGUUAGAAGCAAACCCCUCAAAAAGCAACAUUUUCUUCUCCGGGGUGAGUGAGGAGGGCAAACAAGCUCUUUUGCCGAUUCUUGGGUAUCAAGAAGGAAAGCUUCCAAUGAAGUAUUUGGGUGUUCCUCUCAUAACCAAAAAGCUUUCCCCUUCUGAUUGCAAACCUUUGGUGUAUAAAAUCUUGGCUCGCAUUCAAUCUUGGCGGAGCAAAUUCCUCUCCUAUGCUGGUCGUUCUGGGAGUGACAUGAAAACCUCAAAGGCCAAAGUUGCAUGGGAAGAGGUUUGUGUCCCUGUUGAAGAAGGUGGGUUGGGGAUUAUGAGAGCUAAGGAUUUGAAUAAGGCAGCCAUGAUGAGACAUGUUUGGAAUCUUAAUCAAGUAAAUAGUGGCUUCGGAUGGGUUGAGUGGAUCAAAGCAACGUACUUGGUGAGGAAGAGCUUUUGGGAGAUUCCUAUACCUUCGGAUGCUUCUUGGGCUUGGAGAAGCAUUUUAAAGCUUAGAAUGGAAGCUAGAGAGCACAUCAAAGUCAUCAUCGAAAAUGGUCAAGCAACUUAUGUUUGGCGUUAUAAUUGGCACCUAAGAGGCCCUCUCAAGGAUAGAUGUGGCAGCCACAUUGUAUAUGAUUCAGGGCUACAACAUCUUGCUAAGGUGUGUGAGAUUUGA